AUGUGCAGUAGGCUUCGCCAUGAGCUGCGGUUUCAUCAGCCUGGAGAAGCUUCGUCGCCGUCGUCGUCAUCGCGUGCCGCCGCCCGAAGACCUCGGCGAGCACGGCCAGAAGCAACGUCCAAGUCCAACACAGCCCAUCCGAAAGUCACGUCCAAGUCCAACACAGUCCAAGUACAGUCAGUGGCAGAGCGUCCGAAAGUCACGUCGGCCAUUGUAGCCCAAGAAGAAAGGAGGACGCAUGUGAUCAAGAUCGAUGGGUACUCAAGGACCAAGGAGCUUCUUAGGAUUGAUGAGUUUACCACGUCUAUCCCUUUCAUGGUCGGAGAUCGUAACUGGGCUGUGAGGAUUUACCCAAACGGUUACAAGGCACCUGGUUACGUAUCUGUAUAUCUGAUUCUUGAUUCGGCUGAUGCCAAGGACGUGAAGGCGAAAUUCACCUUUAGCUUACUUGACAAGGGUGGAGAACCAGUGCCUUCAUGCAUCAAAACUGUGACGGAACAUAUCUUCCCAAGCAAAGGUUACGGUUAUGGUUUCCCAGAGUUUAUCAAGCAGGAGGAUUUGGAGCGAUCGGCGCAUCUAAGAGGCGACAGUUUCAGAAUCAGGUGCGAUGUCGCCGUGGUGAAGAUGAUCCGCAGCCAAGAGACGCACGCAAACGAGUUCGUUGUGGUUCCUCCAAGCGACUUGCAUCAGCAGCUCGGUGGCCUCCUGAGAAGCAAUGAUGGAGCAGACGUGACCUUUCGAGUCGGUGGCGAUAUAUUCUCGGCUCAUAGGUCCGUGCUCGCCGCUCGCUCACCGGUCUUCAAGGCGGAGCUCUUUGGAGACAUGAGGGAGAAAGCCGGUGACCCUAUCGAAAUUGAUGAUAUAGAAGCUGAUGUGUUCAACUCCUUGCUCCAUUUCAUCUACACGGACUCACUCCCUGAGAGCACUAAUGAAGGUGCAACACAAGACGAUGUAGUGACAGCUAGCCAUCUACUAGUAGCGGCGGACAGGUACGGCAUCGAGAGGCUGAAACUGAUAUGCGAGGAGAAACUGUGCAAUAAUAUUGACUGCAACAUGGUUGCAACUAGUUUGGCUUUGGCCGAGCAGCACAGUUGCGAUGGGCUCAAGGAGGCUUGCUUUGAGUUCCUUGCCUCUCCGUCCAAUCUGGAGAUGGUGAUCACAAGUGAUGGUUACCAACAUCUGAAAAGCAGUUGCCCAUCUGUUCUCAAAGAGCUGAUUGCUAGACUGUUGCCUGCUGAGCUGACAGCAGCCAGGGAUAUUAUCAGGUCAAUGUAA